GCAUUAGCAACGUGCUACCCGUCUUUGCUACACGACAGCUCGGUUGCCGCAUCAUACCCGAGCGGCGAGCCUACCUCGCACCGAGAUUGAGAUUCGGGAUAGCAUCUAUGAGGACUGAUGGUCGACGCUAUGGGUGAUAUAUACACUGCUAUCCUCCCUCGCUCAUCGCACCUUCCUUGCAUAUGAACGCCUUCCUCCAUUCACAAUGCACCUUCCUCCACCCACAAUGGCCCCCAUGUCAGGGACAAGUAGCGCGAAUCGAGACCGUGCUGAUUCCAAGCCCUUGCCUGCAGUUUUGCUCAUUCCCGGAGCUUUCUCGACAAUCCCUAUUUAUGAUCCCAUAGUUACCGGCCUUCGAGCCCAUGGGUACGAAGUCUUCGCCUUCGACGUCCCCACAGCAUCCCGAAAGCCUGGCGAGCGCCCUAAUACCUUGUACGAAGAUGUUUCGUUCUUUUCCGGUAUCCUCACAACCCUCUGCGAUCUUGGCAAAGAUGUGGUGGUCGUUGGACAUUCGUACGCCGGUCUCAUUCUGACAGCAUGCGGUCGUGGCCUGACCACGAAGCGAGAGAGAAAUGGUUGCCGAACGGGCGUGCCAGGCGAAGGACGAGUGAUAGGGCUGGUGUAUCUUGCCGCAUAUGUUCCCAGGGUGGGACAAAGCAUGAUCAAUAUCAACGAAGAAAUGGAGUUGCAGUUCGACUCUGUUGAUGCGGAUGGACCAUUUCUAUACCAUUCCGACCUAGUCACCUCAGCUCGAACGACUUUCUCAGAUCUUCCGGAAGCAGACGCCAUGGCGAUCGCUGAGCAGUUUAGAUUUCAGUCAUACUUGUCGAUCACCAACGAAACAGAGCAUGCUGGGUACGUGGAUGUGGAUAAGGUUGUGUUCAUCAUUCCGGCUGAGGACAUUCCACUUCCUCCUAGAGUGCAGAAGAGGAUGGCUGAGACAGUGAGGAAAGCGAGACCGGGAGGUGAUGUUAGUGUCUAUGAGGUGAAGGCUGGGCAUGGAGCACCGUUUACGAGACCGGAUUUGGUUAUACCUCUUGUUGUGGAUGUGCUCAGGAAGGAGUUUUGAUGCGUGUUUGAGAUACAGCAGUCUUAAGCAGCCAACAAUGUCUUGGCGCUGAAUCUUCGCGUCGCGUAUGCCAUGUUUCGUGUUUUUUUCUAU